AUGAAAGACAAAAUCGGUUACUUUUGCGGUGGUCAUGCGGCGUCUUACUCGACAACAUCAGCAUUACCGUACGCCAUCACAAAUUUGCUGUGCGAUGCUGGCUUCAUAGCAGACGAGCGCGAAGUGCGAGUUUAUGUGCCGUGGACGGGCGGUAAAAAGGACUUUCAUGGCUUCACACUUGACACGCAGAAAUUGCAGCAAGGAGCAGAAGAGAUUCAUGAUUGGUGCGUGACGGAAAAUUUUGCUGUUGCCUUAAUUUUGGACGAAGCGAACGGCAGGGUAUAUUGCCGCAGUCGGUUUGCAGGAAAGCUCGAGUUCUCUAUAGCUUUUCGUUGCGAUGUGUGUCAACUUGAAAACGGCUUGAUCAGCGCUGACUGGUCGGCAUCUGGUUUCGCUAACGAUCGAAAGGGUAAAAAACGCUGCUGCCACAGUCGUCCGACUACUGCUCAUCGUUUCGCGGUCACAGCCAUUGCUGGAAGCAGCAACGAGGACUUCAGUCUGUAG